GUUAUCCUGAGUGUGAGGAUGGAACCAUAGUUCGUAAUAGCCUAAUGCCUGAUGGUACGGAAGCUGUCGUUGUCACAAAUAAACCACAAGUAAAGGGUGCUGUAAAUUCACGUAACGAGUCAGUCGACUUAGAAACAAAGAAGAUGGAAAUAGAGGAACAGCUAAUCGAUGAAGUCUUUAAACGAUCUGCAUUGUGGAACUUCAAACUAUCUGUAACUGAACGCAGCCCACAAAUAAAGAAACAACUCUGGGAAGAAGUGUAUGAAGCUAUGAAUGGAACAUUCCCUUCCGUGGAGGCGAUAAAAAAGAAAUGGAAGUCGCUAUCAGAUUCUUUUCGAGUGCAUUCAAAAAAGAAUCAGCAACCGAGUGGAUCUGCAGCAAGUGGAAAAAAACCGUGGGUACAUCUACAACAUAUGCAGUUUUUGAAUGAUAUGCGGCUAGAAAGCAGAACUGUCAGUAAUAUCGAGACUGUGUCAGAACUUGAUGAUACACAAUCAAAUUCAUUAGAAUCAAAUGUUUUUCACGAUGACAGCAAUAGCUGUAACAGUAGCAGCAACAGUCAUAAUACAUCACACAAUCCCCUGGAUAGGAUUGCUAACUCUUUGGAGAGUUCAUUGCUUUUUAAUAUGGGGCAAAUAGAGCAAAUAGAGCAAAUUUUUCAUCGUCUUUCUCAAAAUAUUCCACCUACGUUUGAUAAACCUGCGUCAAUGGUACAUUUGAUAUCUGUCCUACUUCAUGAUAUAGACCCAGAAUUACUGGACGAAGUGAUGUUUGAUAUUUUGAAAUCAGUUGGUCCUUGA